GCUGCGGGUGCUGCUGCUACUGCGGCUCCUGCUGCCGCCGCCGCUCAACCUCCAGCAGCUGCAUCUUCGGCCCUGGGCCGGGUCCCCGCCCCGCGCCCCGCCUGGCCCCGCCAUGGUGUCCUGGAUCAUCUCUCGCCUGGUGGUGCUCAUCUUUGGCACCCUGUACCCAGCCUACUCUUCCUACAAGGCGGUGAAGACAAAAAACGUGAAGGAAUAUGUGAAAUGGAUGAUGUACUGGAUCGUCUUUGCCUUCUUCACCACGGCCGAGACACUCACAGAUAUUGUGCUCUCCUGGUUCCCCUUCUACUUUGAGCUCAAGAUCGCCUUUGUGAUAUGGCUGCUGUCCCCUUAUACCAAGGGCUCCAGUGUGCUCUACCGCAAGUUCGUGCACCCAACACUGUCCAACAAGGAGAAGGAAAUCGAUGAGUACAUCACACAGGCCCGCGACAAGAGCUAUGAGACCAUGAUGAGGGUGGGCAAGAGGGGUCUGAACCUGGCUGCCAAUGCCGCGGUUACGGCUGCUGCCAAGGGCCAGGGGGUGCUGUCAGAGAAGCUCCGAAGCUUCAGCAUGCAGGACCUGACCCUGAUCCGGGAUGAAGAUGCCCUGCCCCUGCAGGGUCCUGACGGCCGCCUCAGACCCAGCCCCGGCAGCCUUCUGGACACCAUUGAGGACUUAGGAGAUGACCCUGCCCUGAGUUUAAGGUCAGGCACAAACCAGGGAGACCCCCGGACAGAGAUCUCUGAGGAUGAUACAGGAGACAAAGCCACCAAGAGGGUCAAAUCCAUCAAAAAAGUGCCCAAAGCUGAGCCACUGGCCUCCAAGACGCUGAAGACCCGGCCCAAGAAGAAGACCUCUGCAGGGGGCGACUCAGCUUGAGGUCCCAGCCCCCAGGCUGCAGAGCCCCGGCUCCACACUGUGCCAGUAGCCCUCGCGCCUCAGGCCCCAGGACCUCUCAGAUGGCUGUUUCUGGUGCCUGCCCAGUGGCCACUCCUCUGGAAGGGCUUGGAAAAGAGGAGGGAGGCCCUGCUGUGGGGGUUGAGGGUAGAGGCUGGACCAGGAGCUGAGGACUGGGCCAGCCAAGGAGAUGCAGGCUCCUCAGAGCCUGAACGCUACUCUCCCCGCUCCAGCCCUGCCCCCGCCCACCCAGUGCCUUGCUGAAGACCAUGGCCAUCCCCCUCCCUGAACUCCCUGAAGUCCUAAUGUGGCCCCCACUGCUCUCCCUGAGUCCAGGUCCAGAUGCCAGUCACAGCCCAGAUUGACCAGAGACGGGCCUGAAGGCACCGGAAAGAGGGAGGGAGUGGGGAAGGCCUCAGGGAACCUGGGCAGGGGCUCCGGCUGAAGCUGUGAAUGGAGGACAGGGCUUAGUGUGUGCUUCAAUGACUAGGUGAGCCAGGCCAGAGCUGCAGCUGGGGGCGUUGAGUUGGGCUGUGUGCUGCAUGUGCCCACUGAAAAGAGGUGGGGUUCCAGGAGUGUGUGAGUGCGUGUGUGCGUGUGUGUGUGUUUAUGUGUGUGUGUGUUUCUCAGUCUAGGGCUGGGAGAUUUUGAGUAAAGGCCUUUCCCUCCAGCACUGAUCUCCCCCCACCUUCAGCCCCACAGCCAGCUGGCCCUUUCCCCCUUUCAGCCCUCCCUCCCUCUGAGCCUCAGAGGAUCCCAGCCCACAAGAGAAUAGGGCUUUGAGGGGCCUCUCACCUCUUCCUCUGUCCUCCAUCCUCUCUUCUCUCCUCCUUGCAUUCCUGUCCUGCCCCUGGGCUGGGCUUCUUCACCCCUUAGGGCCCUCUGUAGAGGCCCCCACUGAGCCGUUCCUUUCCCUCUCAACCUGGGGGCCCAUCCUCCUUGUCCCCUAGGGUCCUCUUCCUGUGCCAAGCAGACUAGGCCCCACGUAAGCAGACCCCUGUCAGAACCCAGCCUUUAUCCCACACUCUGCCCCAGCUUCUGCUGUGGCUUCAGAAGUCAGACUAGGAGGAAUGUGUGAAGAAGAAAAAAACUUAGGAGCCAGGGGUCUCCCAAUUCCAUGGAAAGAGGGUGACCAAAAGACCUUUGGCACUGGAAGAGCCAAUAAACCAAAUUCUGGCACCUCA